AUCCAUUGUUCCCUGUGUUUUUUUUCUCUCCUCAUGCUGCCAGAACUCAUCUUUUCCCAUCAACAUUAAGAAGCCAAGACAGAAGAGCCAAAGGAAAGACAAAUACGAUGUAGGGGACCUCAGCCUUAUUUUGCAGAGGAUUUCUACUCUGACACAUUGUUGUGGACAAAGCAGCAAGCACGCUUCAGCUCUUCACCACAGCUCUGGCCAGGCUUGCAUUUUCCUCCUGACUGCAUUGGGGACUACAGUAUUUACCGCGUGGUGGCCAUGGGGCUGCCUGGCAGAGCCGUGUUUAUGCCGGGAGCUCUGAAAUGGGCACCGUCCCCCUCUCUGUGGAGGUUAAUACUGCUCUUUUUCUUCAUCUGGGCACUUGAAGCGCAAAUUGCAAUGGAAACUAAACCCAUAUACAUCUGGCAAACAGGUCCGUGGGGUCGUUGUAUGGGGAGUGAGUGUGGUCCUGGUGGCAGUCAGAGCAGAGCGGUGUGGUGUGCCCACUCUGAAGGUUGGACCACUCUCCACACCAACUGCGACCAGUCAGAACGGCCAGACAACCAGCAGAGCUGCUUCAGAGUGUGCGACUGGCACAAGGACCAGUACGGCUGGCAGCUCGGUGCCUGGAACCAGUGUGUCCCGGUGUCGAUGCGCAGCUCUGGGAUACAGCGCCCCACUGUGUGCUCACGGGGCGAGGAGGGCAUCCAGACCCGUGAGGUAGGCUGUGUCCAAAAAGCAGACGGAGAGCCUGCGGAAGAUGCAAUCUGCGAAUACUUUGAGCCUAAACCGAGGCUAGAACAAGCUUGUCUCAUACCAUGUCCUCUGGAUUGUGUUUUGUCCGAAUUCACCCUGUGGACUCCAUGUUCUAAAACCUGUGGGCUGGGCUUACGGAACAGGAUCCGGGUUGUUCUUGCACCGCCGCUGUUUGGUGGGGCAGCUUGCCCAAAUCUGACUGAAUUUCAGACAUGUCAAGCAGGUUUUUGUAAUGGUGAGGAAAGCCUUUACAGCGUUAGAGUGGGACCGUGGGGCCCCUGCUCGGUCCCACUGCCAAGACAAGUCAGACAUGCUGAAAAAGCACCCAGAGAGGGCAACAAGAAAUCCAGAGACGGUGAUAAACUUUCUAAAGAGGGUAAUAAACAGUCAAUGGGAGCAAACAAACAGAUUAUAGAUAAUGAAAAACAGCAAAAAGAAGAAGACACAAAUACCAAAGAAGAAGACAACUUACCCAGAGAUGGUAACAAACCACCCAAGAGAAAACUGACCAGAGCAAACAGGAAACAAAACAGACGAUCGCAACAGGCAGAUGGACCCAAACAACAGAAAAAAGCAAAAAAAAAGGAAAAGAGAGAGAAAGCCAAACAGGGUGUCAAAGGGAGGUUAAGAGAAAAGAACAAGGCACAGGAUCCAGAAGCGAGAGAGCUGAACAAGAAGAAGAAGAACAAGAGUCGCCAAAAACGCCCCGGAGGAAAGUUUUGGGAUCUACAAGUUGGUUACCAGACAAGAGAAGUGACCUGUGUGCAUAAGAGCGGGGCCAUUGAAGCUUUAAGCCUUUGCUCUCAGGAGAUGUUACCAGUGACCUUCCAGGCCUGCGUCAUUCCCAGAGACUGUGAUGUGACUGAGUGGUCAGAAUGGUCUGCUUGCUCCAGAGACUGCUUGGAGCCCAACAGACCCAACGGGGAGCGCACCCGCACUAGAAAAGUGAGCCAGUUCCCAAUAGGUGGAGGGGCAGACUGUCCAACGCUGGAGGAGAAAGAGUCGUGCACCCCCCAGGCAGAUGUGGUCGCAUCAUGUACUGUUUACAACUGGAAGACUUCAGAGUGGACAGAUUGUAGGGUGGACGUACUGCUAAGCCAGCAAGACCGUCGACGUGGCAACCAGACAGGGUUAUGUGGAGGAGGGAUCCAGACUCGGGAGGUCUACUGCGUACAGGCCAGUGUUGAUACACCAACAAACGUCAUUUCACUUAGGAAUAAAGAAGCUUUGCGGCCAGUGAACAGUGAACUGUGUCAAGGUAUUCCUCCAAACACCACCCAGCUGUGCCAAAUCAGCUGUCCUGUUAAGUGUGAAGUGUCUCCAUGGAGCGCUUGGGGACCCUGCACCUAUGAAAACUGUCAGACGACCAAGAAAGACCAGACCGUUAAGAAAGGCUUCAAAAUGAGAAAGAGGAGAAUCAUCAAUGAGCCUACAGGUGGGAUGGGGAACUGCCCCCACCUGGUGGAGGCAAUACCAUGCGAAGAUGCCAGCUGCUUUGAGUGGCUGGUGGUCAAACUGGAAGAGUGUGUCCCUGAUAAUGAGAAGGAAUGUGGACCAGGAACACAAAUUCCCGAAGUCCAGUGCGUAAGCAGUGAGGGUGAAUUUGUGGCGAAACAGUUCUGCCGUGAUGCCAUUCUUCCCAUGCCCACCAUCUGCGAGGUGCCUUGCCCAAAGGACUGUGCCUUAAGCCCCUGGACCGCCUGGUCGCUCUGCUCUCACACAUGCUCUGGGAAAAACACUGAGGGCAAGCAAACGCGAGUUCGAUCCAUCCUCGCCUACCAUGCAGCAGAAGGAGGAAUCCAGUGUCCCAACAUCAGUGCCCUGCAGGAGGUGAGGACCUGCAACGACAAUCCGUGCACUGUGUACCACUGGCAGACAGGUCUGUGGGGGCAGUGCAUCGAAGACUCGUCCAUCGUGUCCACAAACACAUCCAUAGCCCUGACACGAGGCGAUGACGUCUCCUGCUCUGUGGGGAUGCAGACCCGCAAGGUCAUGUGUGUUCGUGUCAGCGUGGGUCAGGUUCCUCCCAAAAAGUGCCCGGAGAGUCUUCGUCCAGACACCGUCAGGCCCUGUCUGCUUCCAUGUAAGCGAGACUGUAUGGUGAGCCCCUACAGCGACUGGAGCGCCUGUCCGCCAGCAUGUCCAGCAGGUGGUAACAUGAAGAAGAAACAGUACAGGAAACGGAUCAUUAUCAGAUUACCUGCCAACGGGGGACAGGAUUGUCCGGAGAUUCUGAGCCAGGAACGAGAGUGUGACGCUCCAUCGGCCUGCAGCGGAUACAGAUGGAAAAUCCACAAGUGGCGAAGGUGUCAGCUGGUUCCCUGGUCGGUCCGGCAGGACAGUCCUGGAGCUCAGGAGAACUGUGGACCUGGUCUACAGUUUCGAGCCGUUUCGUGCCGGAAGCAGGAUGGUGGGGCAGCAGACAUCGAGGUCUGUCUGCAGUUCAGUAGCCCCAUGCCGCCGCUCACUCAGCACUGUCAGCUGCCCUGCCAGGAAGAGUGCCAGCUGAGCAGCUGGUCCAAGUUCUCGCCCUGCACGGCCGACUGCGUGGGAGUCAGGAACCGUAAAAGGAUCCUUUUGGGGAAGAGUAAAAAGCGUGAAGAGUGUAAGAACAACAAGAUGUAUCCCGUAAGCGAAACCCAGUACUGCCCAUGUAAUAAAUACAACGCCCAGCCUGUUGGCAAUUGGUCAGACUGUAUCCUACCUGAGGGCAGCCGCACGGAGGGCCAAGUGGGCAUGAAGAUACAAGGUGACAUCAAGGAGUGCGGUCAGGGAUACCGCUACCAGGCCAUGGUCUGCUAUGACCAGGACAACCGCAUUGUAGAAACAUCUCGCUGCAACAGUCACGGGUAUAUCGAGGAGGCUUGCAUCAUCCCCUGUCCAUCUGACUGCAAACUUAGUGAGUGGUCCAACUGGUCCCGCUGCAGCAAAUCAUGUGGCAGUGGGGUCAAAGUUCGCUCCAAGUGGCUCAGAGAAAAGCCCUACAAUGGUGGAAGACCAUGUCCCAAACUGGACCAUGUCAACCAGGCUCAGGUGUACGAGGUGGUGCCCUGCCUCAGUUACUGUGGACAGUACGUCUGGGUGGCAGAACCCUGGAGCGUUUGGAAAGUCAGCAAUGUGGAUCUGAAGGUCAACUGUGGGGAAGGUGUUCAGACCAGAAAAACUAGGUGUAUGCUCAACACCAUAGACGGGCCAUCUGAGUACGUGGAAGACUACCUGUGUGAUCCAGAAGAGAUGCCCCUGGGGGCUCGUAACAGCCACCUGCCCUGCCCAGAGGACUGUGUGUUAUCAGACUGGGGAGUGUGGAGCCCAUGUCCACUGCCAUGUAGUGAGAACAGAACACGCGAGAGGGUGGCUUAUCCACUCCGUAAGCCAGGAGAGGACAAGACAUGUCCUCCAACUGCAGAGACAGAACCGUGCAAACUCAACAGAAACUGCUUCCACUACUCUUACAACAUCACUGACUGGAGCACCUGUCAGCUUAGUGAGAAUGCAGUGUGUGGAAACGGCAUCAAAACACGCUUGCUGGACUGUGUUCGCAGUGAUGGGAAGUCCGUUGACGUCAGUUUUUGCCAAGAGCUGGGUCUGGAGAGGAAGUGGCAAAUGAAUACUUCCUGUGUUGUGGAGUGUCCCGUCAACUGCCAGCUGUCGGACUGGUCAGCAUGGUCGGAGUGCACUCACACUUGUGGUCUGGCAGGCAAAUUGUGGCAGAGACGGACAGUGACCCAGGCUCCACAAGGGGAUGGUAGGCCAUGCUCAUCCCUGAUGGAGCAAUGGAAGCCUUGCCUUGUGAAGCCUUGCUACAGCUGGAAAUACAGUCCCUGGUCUGAGUGCAAAUCAGAGGGGGCGAGGUGUGGGGAAGGCGUUCGCUUUAGGAACUUGUCAUGCUUUGUGUCUGACGGCUCAGAUCAGAAGGACAGCAGUUUGGUCGACGAUGAGCUGUGUGGAGAUCUGGAACCUUCAGUGGACAGCGAUGCACAAAUUGUCCUGCAGGAACCAUGCACAGUACCCUGUCCUGGGCAAUGCUACUUGACAGACUGGACUGUUUGGAGUCCGUGCCAGUUUAGCUGCCUGAAGGGGGAUGACCUGGGUUUCGGCUCAGUCCAGGUCCGAUCCAGAGCCGUAGUGGCCCAGGAUCCGGAAAACCUAUUGCAGUGUCCGGAACAAGAGCUGGAGGCGCGGCCGUGUACAGGUGGACAGUGUUUUGAAUACAAGUGGAGCUCUGGACCAUGGAGAGGUUCAUCUCGCCAGGUUUGGUGUCAGCGUUCAGAUGGGCUGAAUGUCACAGGUGGAUGCCUAGCAACAGCCAAGCCAAAGGCUGACCGAUCCUGUGAGCCGCCAUGCACCAAGCUGCGGUCACUGUGCACAGAGGCAGGUGUGUGCGGCUGUGAAAAGGGCUACACUGAAGUGAUGACCUCUGACGGUAUGCUGGAUCAGUGCACAGUCAUCCCCAUGCUGGAGUUCCCCACUGCAGGCGACAACAAAGCAGACGUGAAGACCAUUCGAGCCUUCAACCCCACUCUGCCUGCUGCCAGCGCACCAGGCAGGGCAGGACGGACCUGGUUUCUGCAACCCUUCGGUCCAGAUGGGAAGCUGAAGACCUGGGUGUACGGAGUAGCUGCCGGAGUGUUCGUCCUCCUUGUCUUCAUAAUCUCAAUGACAUACUUAGCAUGCAAAAAGCCAAAGAAGCCACAGCGACGGCAGAUGAACAGCCGACUGAAGCCCCUGACUCUGGCCUACGACGGAGACGCUGACAUGUAGAAGUCUUCCUCCUCACGACGCCGAUUUACUGUACAGACAUCGCUCGUCGUUCAGGAAACAGGGUUGCCUCGGAAAUUCCUUAAAGUCAGGGUCUGACAGAAAGAGAAACCUCAUCGCUCAAGACACUGAAGCAACGUUCAUGAGCAGCCUUGAAGUUCCUGUCUUCUUUUUUAAUUCUCAUUUUGAUACUUCACGAGAGCCUUCUUGAAUUCUUAAUCCGCUUCGGUAAAUCUGCCUUUGCUUCUACGUCGUGUACUACCACCGGUACCACUGAAACUGCAGCUGUUGAAGAAGGUCCAUCCAAGAUGUAGGUUGCUGUAAAAGCACAAAUAUGUAUACUUAAUCUUUCUGUCUUAUACGGUUUUAGCGAUGUGAUCUUUGUAUCACAUGUUGACUAUUGGUCAGGGUUGCAGAGGGGUGGAAUAUUUCUAUAAAUUUUCCGUAAACCUUCCUUGGGGAGUUAAGCUGUAGACCAAUCCCAAAUCAUCACCCCUCCACCGCUGUGCUUGACAGUAGAUUUCAACUUUCAACUUUGAUAAACUGAAAAAAUAAGACUACAUUUGGUCUGUCACAGAAUAUUCAUGUCUCUCUAUCAUUAUGGUCUGGUUGCAACUCAUAAAGUCCACUGUCUGAAAAGAAAAGUUAAAUUAAUCCCAGACCUGACUACAUUUCCACCUGCCUCUUCCAUCUCUUUUUUUCUCUAGCCAUAAUUUUGCACUAUAUUAGUGCAGCAUGAAAUACACUCAUGUCUCGCUUUGCCAUAUGAAACUGCCUCUAAAUACAAGAUGAUGUACAGUCUUGUGCUA